UCCCACUAACUCACAUUCAUCACCAACAACCCAACACUUCUUCUUCUUCAUUUUCUUGAAUUUUACUGCAACUGCUCAUCAUAUCAGAUCAGCUAUGGCAUCCAAGAAUAAUGUCAGUUUGGCUUCUCUGGACCAGAAGUUGGCCAUGGCCAAGCGUUGCUCUCGUGAGGGUGUAGUUGCUGGAGCUAAAGCAGCUGUGGCUGCAACCAUUGCAACAGCCAUUCCAACAGUGGCGAGUGUGAGAAUGUUACCAUGGGCACGAGCAAACUUAAACCCAACAGCACAGGCACUAAUAGUCUCAACGGCCGCCGGGAUGGCUUACUUCAUUGUGGCCGACAAGACAGUUCUCGCCACCGCUCGCCGCAACUCCUUCAACGGCGGCGCCUCGGUUUCGAGCAACAUUAAUGCCUGAUAAUAUUAUGAAUUCUUGAAUAUCAUAUUGUAUAAUUAUAUGAUCUCGAAAAUCGAUAUUAAGACUAAGUUGAGCAUAAUAUUUAUCAGCUUAAACUUAUAGUAGAGGCAUGAUGUAUUAAUACUAUGUUUCCGUUUAUGUAUGAUGUACCACCUCUUAUCAAUCAGCAAUAAUAUAAUAUUUUGGAGUAAUUU